AAACAGAUCACGUCUUGGUACCAAUUCCGAGUCACCGGUGGCCACACACACGUACGCACACACACACACACACAUGCAGUCUCUAUCUCUCUCUUCCACACACACACACACACAGAGAGAGAGAGAGAGAGUCACAGCCCCAUCAUGUGAAUGCAUCCCCCCAUCCACUGGCACCACUGCGGGCCACACACAUUCACUCAUCCAUCCCUCCGUCUGUGUGCGCACAUCAAUCACAUCAACGCACAGCCGGGGAACAGAAGGUUCAGCACACCACAGCAGCACAGGGCAGCGAAACUGACACUAGUCAAAUAAAGUUUCUCAGCCAUCCGCAAGAAGCUGUAGUACUUGCACAACCACACGACAAGACACCCCACCGCCAGGGCGACCCCGAGCACCAAACACAUCAGUACUACACAAAAAAGAACAAACAUCCCCACGUCGCCGAAGGCUGGCGCCAGAGUGGGCCAGAGAAAGAAUUCUCUGCAUUUGCUGCAAACCAUGUACUCGCAGCCACCGACCUUCUCUAUGCGUAUGCCGCACCGGGGGCAGCUUCUGACGUCCUUUCCCCUCGCCCACUGUUGGAAGCUCUGAUCUUCCAGCUGGUCGCACGUCAGCUGGCCCUCAUGCCACCUGACCGAUCGACACCAUCAGUGACACACACAAUUCACCCACGCACACGUGGUGUUCAGUCAGCCCUUCCCUUACAGUUGGCCGCAUCGGAGGCAGAGAGGCGUCUUGCACUGAGAGCAGGCGCCUUUCUUGCUGACAGGUGAGAUGCGGUGAUGGCCCUCGCAGCCAGGCACCGAGCACCACCGCAGGUGGGGAUUCUAAACGGACACACACACACACACACGCACACACGCACACACACACACACACACACACGAUCUGUUCGUGAGAGGGUGGCCAUCCAACCACAACACCAGCGAAUGCGUGUGUGCAUCUGCCCUGCGGACCUUGUCGAUUCGCGAUUGCUUCCUGAACUUCUUCAGACGCUCAAAAGUGCUUUCGUCGAGCAGCGGCCCAAUGUCGGCGUCGGUCAGCACCCGCGAGCAGCCGGGCGCGGGGCACUUGAUGCGCUCCACCUGGUUGCUGUCGAUGCGCGUCUCAACGUACUGAGCCAUGCACUCGGUGCACGUGCCGUGGGGCGAAGGGGAGGCGUGGAAGCACUUUGCCUUCUGUUUGGAGCAUGCAGGGGGCUCCAGCGGCUCAUAGCACACGCAGCACGAGUACUCCUGCGCGGUGUUUGCAGCUUGUCGUGGCAUCCCGUUUUGUCGUCUGCAGGCGAUGCAAUGCUCCCUGACACACGCACACACACGCACACACACGUGUCCGCGUCUGUAGCAGGUCUGUAGGUGACAAGGGAAGCAGAUCCCACCAGAUCUAUAAUCUCCUCUCGAGAGGCCCUUGGCUGCUCGGUGGAUCUCUCAGAUGUGGGAGCCUAACCGAUUGCAGAUCCAGCCCCCCUCCCUAGCCCCUUCUCACGGACUUCUCAUGCUCCUCUACC